CGAAAGUAGCACUGCGUCUAAAAUAUGGAGAAGCAAGAUUAACAAAGAUCAGAAUAAUGAAAAUACUGCAGCAAAUGUUGAAAAAACGGCAGAGAUAAAGCAGUUGUUUGAGGAGGGUGCUAUAAAAUGGAUUGAGA